CUUCCCUAGUUCUUCCCCCCCAUGGCUGGUGUUUCCCCCGCCCGCCGCCUUCGCACCAAAACAUCUGAUAUCACCGACUUUUUUCGAGUGGGACACCACAGCGCAACUCGGCCUGUGCAAAACGACUUGUCGACAUCAAGCAGCAUGACGUUGGAGGUUCCAUCCGCAGACGAAAGUACCGGGCUGACGAAGAAGAGAACAACAAGAAUUCCGUUUCUUGGUCGCACCAGGAAGAAAUCAAACCAGUCUGCUGCUUCAAGCCCUUACGCCUCAAUGGGCGCGCGCGAUUCUACGGACGUUGGUGAGCUACCAAGUAGCAGAGAACCAAGUAUCGAUCGACGUUCCAAGGCUUUGCCCCCUUUAGCCUCCAGCCCAUCUCAAAUAACGGUGUCCGAGGUUGGCGUGCCUGUCAAAGCACCCACUCUUGGCUCCAAGCUGGCCGCCCAUUUCAACCCUUCCAGAACGCGCAAACUCAGCACCCUGAGGCAUGACACGACGCCUACUUCAGGUCCUUCUCAACCUGCCACCACCAGCCUCUCACCCCCACCGUCAAGUCCUCGGGCGGCCUCAUUUGAUUCCGGAUCUUCGGGUAAUCGCUCUCCUACACCUCAGCCAGGUCCGAAAAUUAUGGUGUCCUUAUCUCCCGACAAUGUCGAAGAGUACAAGGACCUGUUUACGUUGCCGCGAAACCAGUCAGCCAAGGAAUUACCAUAUCAUAAGCGAUCAGCGCAAACGGCGCAAAAAUCUUCCGACUCAGACACCACACCACCCGGUUCCAGCCCCACAUCUGCCACACGCAUGAAAUCACCCGUCCAGACGUCCAUUCCGCGUCGUGGCUCAGCCCCUUCCGUAAUAGUCGAUUCUACAUCUUCGCGCCACCAGUCGUCGAGGAACCCAGGGGAUGACCUCGCAACGAACAGGCCCAAAAUCCCGCGGAAAUACUCAGAUAGCGAGAGGGGCCAUCGGAGACAGGAUAGCAAUCCGACUCCCAGAAGCUCUGACUCUCGGGAGUCCCCACGGUUGGUACCUUCCGAGAAGCCUUCUACCAUAUCGAGGCGACUAUCCACGGCUUCGACCACGCAUGCACCUGAUGCGCCGCAUCUGCAUGGCCGGUCAUCUGUGGCAGGAAGCAGCCAAACCUCCGAUAGUUUACCUCAAACUAAGUUGCGCAGACCUCCCACCAGUGCGUCUGAUCGUAGCCGGCCGCCGACGAUGCCCCUGCCCUCUACUCCUCCGCCACCCAGUACUCCACCCCCGCUUCCUCCCAUCGCCACCAGCUCGAGUACGCAAACAAUUGUCGCCCCCAAGACCCUCCUCCGGCCCAGAGCCCACACAAUUGGCUCUACUCCUGUAACUUCGAGCCCUCUCACAUCCCCGCCAACGAACCAAUUAUCACCAACAGAGACUGGUGACAGCGUGUCUGCCACACAACCCAAGCCUGCAGAUUCAACUUUCGAUAUACAUUUGGCUUCUCGUGAAGAACUCCGUCAGGCGUUGAUUGCUCGCAACCAACAGUACGACGAGCUCGCUAGUUACUUGUUGAAGAUUACAGAAACUCAUGUUGCUGAGGUGACAGCACUUGAGAAGAAAAUUUCUUCCAUGGAACGGGAGGCAGCGCGACGGGACAAGGAGAUCAAAGGCUUGACCUGGUUAGUGGUAAACAACAAAGGGUCCCCUGGCGGUAUUCUUCCUAUUAGUGGCGCCCCUCGUCCACCUAGCUUGCUGGAGAUCGACCAAGCACGGAGCCAAGCACGCGUUUCUGUUCGGAAAUUCUCUUACGCAGAAGAUUCUGGGGCAGAAUCCCAUCCUACGUCUGGAGCGGAGUCGAUACGCGGUUCAGGAACCUCAGGGACAGAGUCCGUCUCUUCAAUUCGGGAUAAGAAAUUGCGACGACCAUUCACUCUCGGCGAGACUAGUUACAGUCUCUAUCGAUCAGCCACGGCUGGAAAACGAGCUUCCAAGAGUCUCGCUCCAGAUGCCGCUCUUCCAGAAGUACCCUACCGCUCAGGCGCAACUAACAGAUCUUCUCUGAGCUCUCUUUCCAUCUCACCCUCCUCAUCUACCUCCUCGCUCUUACCACCAAGCCCAAGUGUAACAGUAUCAUCGCUCUCCGCGAUUCCUGAAGCCCCCUCCCCCACUUCAGGGACGACUGAUGACCAACAAGAGGAACGACUCUCCUCCCGCGCGUCACACCGCAUUUCCUCGUCUUCCAUGGCCUCAUCGAGCACAGCAGCUAGCAGCGCCUACACUGCCAACCUAAAACGAAGCCGACCCCCCUCUAUCGCCCAGGUGCUGGAAGAGACACCCAACAUGGAGGACGUCCUCGAAAAGCUGCGACCCUUCGCUGCAUGAAUCACGUCAAGUUAAUCGAAACGUCCUGGAAACCUUCUCCCCUCCUUGUGCCUCGCUCGCUCCAUUCAUCGGCCGAAUCCAUUUGCACCCUUUCAUAACAAAUCCCGACAUUCAUUUCGUUCGUUCUGUUUUCCUCUCCACCUUCCGUUCUGACAUAUCUUAGUCCCUUCUACUCGCAUCGCAUCUUUUUGCCCUUACACUCCUUUGGCUAAGUUAUUUCAUUUAUCUCUCAGGUAUCUUUAGUGUCGGGCCGUUCGUGCCAUUCAUUUAUCGACCGACCCUGCCUGCAUGUCAGUCACUGCAAGGUUGACCGUUGCAGUAGCUAUCUACUUACCGGAUCGGAUUGGACUCUCCCUCAUCCCCUUUCUCUCUUUUCAUUAUCCAUCCAAUUAUCCAGCUCUACCAUCAUUCCCUGUAUCACAUAUCAUUGCACCCAUCCCCAUCAUAUUUCACGUCGAUUAUGUCCCAUCUGUUAUGAAACUGUACAUCCCUUUUUCAUACUGGUGGCCAUCCGGGUUUUUGACUUGAUAGAGCAUCUGUAAUUUAUACAUUACCAGCCUUGCCUUGCAGAAGACAUAAAUAUAACCCAUUUUCCUCUACUGCAGGUCGCGUGG